AUGUCUACAUUAUUCAAUCGUCAGCCGUCAAAUCAAUUUUUCACCAAUAGUAGCACAUUUGGUUUUGGUAACCAACAACAACAGCAGCAACCACUGCAAUUUGCUCAACAACAAGUCCCACAGCAACCACAGCAGCAACAACAACAACUCUUGCAACAGCAACAACAACAGCAACAACAACAACUUUUGCAACAGCAGCAACAAAACAAUCAACCACAAUUAAUUGGUAGCCAAAAUCCACAAGAACAACCAACGUGGUUACAAUCACAACACAACCACAAGAAAAGGAUUAUCCCAAACCACCUAAUACCACACAAAAAAACUGCCUUCCAUAUAAAUGCACCUAAUUCAAACAAGUCUGGGAACAAAAAAUCUCAAAAUGCAAACUCUUCAGUGUUGGUGUCCAAUGAGCAAUUUAAUAUUGUUUCGUUUGGAAGUAACAACAAACACAAUUCAUUAGGUCAUGGAAGUCUCUUGGACAGAAAUAACACGAGUUUGAGUGCUCUUUUCGAUUCUGUUGGUGGUGACCUUAGUCGUUUCGAUGAAACAUUGAAUGAUAGUUUCCAUCAACUGCAAGAUGAUGAUGGUGGAGCCAAUUCAGGAGCAUCAACUAUUGCAGGAAGUGGCAUUGUGACUGAUUUGCCUCCUUUGCGUUCCAUCUACGAUUUGAAUGAAGAACGUUUUUCUUCGAAACCAGAACGCGAUACUUUAUCAAACGUUGCAAAUAAGGCGCCGCAAGAGUUCAAAAACCUAUUCAAUAGAAACAAUAAUUUUGUUGAUAACAGCAAGAAGAAGAACAACAAUAACAACAAAGAUUUUGAUCAAACUGACGAAAAAAAUACACCAGUCGAUUUUGAUAAUGAUACCGAAACAUCUAUUAUUGUGUUUGGGUAUCCUGAGAAUUCGGUUAGCCAGAUUAUCCAGUUCUUUAAACAGUUUGGAACAAUUCUUGAACAAUUUACAGACUUUUCCUUGGAAGGCCGUGACGGCGCUAAAUCGUUGCUAACAAUUGAAAAGCAGCGACGCAAUGUACCAAUAUUUACCGGGCCAGGAUGGAUCAAAAUUACAUAUGAUAAUACAAACUCGGCCCUCAAUGCGUUACAAGAAAACGGGUCAAUAUUUAGUGGUAACUUGUUAGGUGUGGUCCCAUUUCACAAAAGUGUUAUUGAAAAACUUGAGAAAAACAAAGCCUUUUUGAAUGAGGAUAUCGGAAACGGUAAUCUCUCAACUCCUUUGCAACAAAUAUAUAAUGAGAAACAAAAAAAUGGUGCAGAUAGUGUAAGAGCUACGGGAAUUAUUACUCCGCCUGCGUCCUCCGCAUUUUCAAAUUCAUCAUCAUCAUCAUCAUCAUCAUCAUCAGAAACAAGAUUUGCCUCUUCCUCGUCGUCAUCGGCUUCAGGUAUGAACAAGUCAUCUUAUGUUGAUGUAAAAGAAGGAUCACGCUUUUUUAUUAAUCCUGACGAAAAGAAAUCGAACAAGAAGGAUGGUGAUGCUAACAAACCGAAAUUAGGUUUGGUUGGCUCGAUAUCAAAAUAUUUGUUUGGAUUUCAUGAUUUGUAG